UAAUUAGUUGUCGAUUCGUCUGUCUCGGACUCCGCUAAAUUCCCUGCGAAACCUCAGACAACAGGAGGAGAAUCCUCUGCUCACAAAAACCUUCGCAAUCAAAUAAGGCGGCAACGCUUUUUGUCCUUCUCUCUCUCUCUACUUUCUCUCUCUAAGUCCCCAAUGUCUGUUCCUUUCUCCAUUGCCUCCUUCUCCAUUCUCACUUCCUGGUACGUGCUGGUUUCCCUCAGUUUCUGGCAAAUUUGAGGUUGUAGUUGGAAAGGGGAGGGUGUUAGUGGUGGCAAUGGAGAAGGAGGAGCCCAGCCAGAUGAAGCGUGCCAUGAUUGAUUCUUCUGCUGGGGCUAUUUCUGGUGGGAUAUCAAGGACAGUUACCUCUCCUCUUGAUGUUAUUAAGAUUAGGUUCCAGGUUCAGCUAGAGCCCACAUCUUCGUGGGCGUUACUACGCAAGGAUUUGUCUAAACCUUCAAAAUAUACUGGCAUGCUUCAAGCAACCAAAGACAUUUUUAGAGAAGAAGGCAUUCGGGGUUUUUGGCGGGGUAAUGUGCCGGCUUUGCUCAUGGUUAUGCCAUAUACAGCUAUACAAUUUACUGUUUUACACAAGUUAAAGACUUUUGCCUCUGGUUCUUCAAAGACAGAGAAUCAUAUUAAUUUGAGCCCUUACCUAUCCUACAUAAGUGGGGCAUUAGCUGGGUGUGCAGCUACUGUGGGGUCAUAUCCCUUUGAUCUUCUUCGAACCAUAUUAGCUUCUCAGGGUGAGCCAAAGGUUUAUCCAAACAUGAGGUCAGCUUCCAUUGACAUUUUCCGGACUCGUGGCUUCCCAGGCUUGUAUGCUGGAUUGACACCGACACUAAUUGAGAUUAUACCUUAUGCGGGCCUACAAUUCGGCACCUAUGAUACAUUCAAACGUUGGGCCAUGGUGUGGAACCAUCGCCACUAUUCAAAUGCUACUGCUGAUGAUAGCCUCUCUAGCUUUCAGCUUUUCCUUUGUGGGUUGGCAGCAGGAACAUGUGCCAAGCUUGUAUGUCAUCCGCUGGACGUAGUCAAGAAAAGAUUUCAGAUUGAAGGUCUACAAAGGCAUCCAAGAUAUGGAGCUCGGGUUGAACAUCGUGCAUACAAAAACAUGUUUGAUGCGAUGAAACGGAUAAUACAGAUGGAGGGUUGGGCUGGUUUAUAUAAGGGUUUAUUCCCAUCAACUGUAAAAGCUGCACCAGCUGGUGCUGUAACAUUUGUUGCAUAUGAAUUGACGUCAGAUUGGUUGGAGUCUGUUUGGACUUGAUUUUUAUCACUUAACAGAAGGGAGAGAGAUUAUUAUGAUUUUUU